UAGUUCCACCUGUAAGCCUGAAACUAUCAGACACUAUGACACCGGGAGGCCACGAGCAGGGUGACAUCGUCCCCGUCCUAUCGGGCGAGUCUUACACCGUCAUCUGCGCGACCCAACCUGGCGCCAACCCCCCUGCGGACCUGGAGUGGACCUCGACCACCGCCCAGAUCAUCCAGGGGGACAAAGAAGACGAGGAAGUGACCGGUAGUAAGCUGACCGCGUCCAGCAAGGAGGUGACGUUCACGCCGUCCAUGGCUGACCAUCUUACGUCGGUCACUUGCGAAGCGACACAUCCAGCUCUGGAAUCAUCUCUUACCAAGUUUAUUCAGCUUGAUGUACAAGUUCCUCCACGGAAUGUGAACAUCGCUUUACAAUCCGCAACCCUCUAUGACGGCGGGACCCUGACGCUACAGGAAGGAACCCCAAGCACCAUCACAUGUGAAAGCCUCGGAACAAGACCAGCCUCUGCAAUCACAUGGUACCUCGAUGGCGUCCAAGUAUCAUCUGGGGUCGGCAGACCAGAAUUUUCCCCCAAUGUGGACGACAGUCGUUUACAGGAUGCGUCCAGCAGCAUCGUCAUCCAACCUACCAAGGCGCAGCACGAGCAGGUUCUACGUUGCCAGGCAACCACGUUCGGCAUCAGCCAUGAUACCAGUAUCCGACUGUCUGUUGAUGGUCCGCCUGACCAGCCCGUAAUCGCCGGUAUCCCUGACAACAUCAACGAAAACCAGCAGACCACCGUCUCGUGUCAGGCUGACAAUGGCCACCCUUCCCCCUCGUUCCAAUGGUUCAUCGGCAGCCGGAACUUGAGCGCCGACGCAACGCUGCAGGUGCGUGCCGACGCCAAGAACCGUAUCGACGCCACAAGCCAGCUGCGGUAUCUACCAAUAAGAGAGGAUAACGGUCUAGCUCUGCAGUGCAAUGUCAUCCAUGAUCAGCUUUCGCAACCCAUGAGAGUGAUGAGCGAUACCCUGGUAGUCAAUUAUUGUCCAACAACAGUUGAGGUGACGAUCUGCCCUGAGGUCGAAGAGGGGUCAUCUGAGGUCAUGGUGUGUCGAUCAGGGUCCAGCAAUCCAGCGUCCAAUCUUGUAUGGAUUAAAGGUAUCACUACCAUCACCGAGCCAAAUGCCUUACAGACUCACUUCGAAGAGAGCACUGAACCCCUUGGAACACGGACCACGUUGAGUUACAUGAGAAACUUCAACAAAGAAGACUAUACAAAGAGCUUCAAAUGUUGCACUACUCUCAGCCCAUCCUGUGACUCUACUGUCUGCUCUGAACCUUGCGUCCCAAAUGUCAAAUACGCACCAGAAAUGCCCACCAUCUCUAGAAACAUGCCCAACCGCCAAGUCACCGAGGGCACCGCCGACCUGGAAUUCACCUGCCGGGCUGACGGCAACCCCAGACCCGCCCUGACCUGGGUGAAGGCCGAAAACGAAGGGUUGAUGCUUGACCAGCUGACCAAGGAGGAUGGCUCCCAGCUGCUGAGAUUCAGGGAGGUCCGAAGGCAUCAUGGAGGGGUAUAUAAGUGCAUCGCGAAUAAUAACAUUUUGCCGAGGAGCAGCAGAGAUGACCAACUCAUCGUGUAUUUUCCGCCUACGAUUCAAAACAAGGCCAACAAUCGGGCGACGGCCAACGAGGGCAAGAACGCCUCUCUCUCCUGCAUCGUUAAGGGCAACCCCAGCCCGCAGGUCACCUGGGAACGGCUCGGCAACCUCUCGCUUUCGAACAGGACCUUGGAGGUUAAUACCGUGGUCAACAGCGAUUAUGAGAGCGUGGUGACGAGUACGUUGAACAUCCUGAAUGAACAGCCUGACAUUGAUCACGGGAACUACAAGUGCACGGCGGAGAGCUCCGCGGGAAGAGACGAAGCUGUCAUCACCCUUAUUAGCGGAACAUAUGCACCAAAAAUGCCCACGAUCUCUAGGAACAUGCCCGGCCGCCAAGUCACUGAGGGCACAGCUGACCUGGAAUUCAGCUGCCGGGCUGACGGCAACCCCAGACCAUCUCUGACCUGGGUGAUGGCCAACAAUGAAGGGUUAACGCUUGACCAGCUGACCAAGGAAGAUGGCUCCCAGCUGCUGAGAUUCAGGGAGGUCCGAAGGCAUCAUGGAGGGGUAUACAGGUGCAUCGCUAACAAUAACAUUCCGCCAAGGAGCAGCAAUGAUGACCAACUCAUCGUGCGUUUUCCGCCUACUAUAGAAAACAAGGCCAACAACCGGACGACGGCCAACGAGGGCAAGGCCGCCUCUCUAUCCUGCAUCAUUAAGGGCAACCCCAGCCCACAGGUCAACUGGGAACGGCUCGGCAACCACUCCGUAGCGCUUUGGAACAGGACGUUGGUCGUAAAUACCGAGGUGAACAGCGAUUAUCAGAGCAUGGUGACGAGUACGUUGAACAUCGUGGACGUACAUCCGGACAUUGAUCACGGGAACUACAAGUGCACGGCGGAAAGCACCGCGGGAAGAGAUGAAACUGUCAUUAACCUUAGUGGAACAUUGUUUUUAUCACUGAUUAAAGAUAAAGAACUCAAGCUUAUCUUUAAGCGGCCCUACGUUGUCAUUGGUUUCGAGUAA